UUGGUCUACUCCCCGGUCCCCGUGGCGCUGGUCUUCCUGCUCUACCUCUGCGUGGUGUGGGCCGGGCCCCGGCUGAUGAGGAGCCGGGGCCCCGUGGACCUGAAGGCCGUGCUCAUUCUCUACAACUUCAGCAUGUUCCUGGUCACAUCCUGGCUCUCAAACUACAGCCUCCUCUGUCAGCCGGUGGACUACAGCAGCAGCCCGCUAGCCAUGAGGGUAAGGUGCUAA